AUGCUUCUGAAAGAGAUGGGCGUGUCCACUGAGUGUCGAUGGGGUUGGUCGGUUUUGAUGAAGGAGCCGGCGCAGUGGGUGGAGUUAGAAGGUCACGAUUAUGUUCUGGAUCUGGUGUGCGACCUGGAGCUGCUGCCAGACUUCCCCAAACAGAAAACAUACUUCAUCAUCUCUACUGAAGACCCCAGCAAGGCACGACCUAACGCAAAAGUCUUUUUGGCAGUGGAUUUGAAGAAGAUGAGGAUGGGCCGCUCUCAUAUGCCAACCGAACAAGCGCUGUUGCAACCAACAGUCUACCAAUGUCUGAAGGCCACUACAGAUCUUGAUGCAUCAGUUUUGUCUGGAAGGAUGAAGGGUAGAGGAGGUGUAGGUGGCGAUGAAGCACAGUCUCCUGCUAGGGUCAAUGUCUCAGCCGCUCUUCGGCCUGGAGUGAGAGUUCUGCCAUCCAUACCAGGUGCUCCAGUAAUGCCCAGUAUGCCAGCUGUGCCCCCAGUGCCAGACCCGCAGCAAGCUGUCCUGGCUCAACAGCAACAAACCAUCAUCAACCAACAAGCUGUCAUUAUGGCUCAGCAGAUGACCAUGCAGGCGAUGGCUAUGGUGACCAGCCCAGUGUCCAGUCCACCAAUGUCUCCCCUCACCAGCCCCCCAACCAGCCCUCCACCCACUCCCUACAGCACCCUGCCGCCCAGUCCGUACCCUGCCAUCCCUCCCAGCCCCUACGCAAACCUCCCCCCCAACCCUUACGCACCACUUCCCCUGUCCAUGUACACAAGCCCUCCUGUGACCCCCCACCCGACUGUCACCUCCACGUCGAUCAACGCCACCCCAAGCACCUUAGAGGGGCAACAGGAGCCCCUGAAGAAGAAGAGCAGCCCCCCAACACCGCAGCCACAGAGCACUACAAACACACAGACUGCAUCAUCUAAUGGGACAUUAGGGAAGAAACAAGCCCCCGCUGCACCAGUUAAACUUGACAGCAGGCCUGCCAAAAGACAUGCUCCCGUUGCCAUCACGGGUCCCUUGCGUUCUGCUCCGGCUCCUGGCGCAGAGGUGGUGAAAUAUUCAGUCUCUAACUCUGAGCACAUCGUUCCCAGCCACAACAUUAAAGAUAUUAUUAAGCAAUAUCAAACACCGCCCCCAGAACUUAUGCCGCAGAUACAGAGGCGAGAAGGUAAAGCUUUUGUGAAGAAGCUGAACCCACACGAUGAAGCAAUGCAGAUCCUAAAAACACAGAGUGACAAUCCACCUCCUCCACAGAGAAAGGCUCCCACUCCAGCUGCCGUGUCCAGAGAUGGAGGCCUUAAACCAACUAAAAGCAGCAAGAAGAAAGCACCAGAAUCACCACUGGCUUUACCACCACCAGUGUCCAGAGAUCUUCCAGUGGAAUCUGAGAGCAUCCAAACACAAUUGCACAGGAGCAGCACAGAGGAGCAUUACACUUACACAAACGUUCCCUGGAAAAUAUACCUCAGGAAGGAGGUCUUCUAUCCCAAAGACACUUGGAACCAUCCUCUAGUGCUGGACCUCAUAUUCAAACAGAUUGUUAAUGACACAUUUACAGAGGUCUGUGUGCACAUUACUAAAGAAUCCCGUUUGUGUUUCAUAGCACAAUACAGCAUCGAGCUGGACACAGAUGUUCGGGAUGAGAGUGUGAAGAAAGCUGUGAUUGCAGCUGCCAGGGAGUCAUGGGAGAUUUAUUUUUCUCACCCUUUUCCUGCCUCUGGCAGUGUGGGUACUGGAGUGCAGGUGUUGGCGGUGUCUCACUCUGGUAUCAAACUUCUAAAGACAGUAAAAAGCAGCAGUGCAGCUCCAGACUACUUCCAAGUGCUCCGUCCGUACAGCUACACAGACAUCCUGUUUGUGACCAUCCCCUCUCAAAACAUGCUGGAGUUUAAUCUGAUGAAUGAGAAAUUGAUUUUGUUCUCAGCCAAAGCAACUCAGAUCAAACAUAUGAUUGAUCUCUUCAUCUCUCAUCUUAAGACGGAUUCUGAGUAUGUUGUAGCAGAGAGAUACUUCAUCACAGAGGACAGAGCUCUUCUCAGCUUCCAUAAAGGAGAUAUCAUUCAUCUGCAGGCCAUGGAUGGAUUAGAGGAGGGUGAGAAGAAGUGUUCUCACAUACACACAUUACAGAAAUAUACAUAUAAAAAUACACCCAUCUCUUGUUUUCUCCAGAACCCUAUAUUAGAGUCCCUUAUAGACUUCUCUGACCCCAACAUGAACCGGGUUGCUUCUGAAAUUUUCCUAGCCAUAAUGAAGUUCAUGGGAGAUCAUCCUCUCAGGGGCCAGUCGGAGCAGUUUGUGGUUUGCACCUUCCUGAAGUUAACAGGUGAAUAUGGACUGAUGAAGGAUGAGGCAUACUGUCAAGUCCUCAAACAGAUUACAGCCAAUACCAGCUCUAAACCUGACAGCUGUCAAAAGGGCUGGCGGUUACUCUACAUUCUGACAGCAUUUUACCGCUGCUCUGAAGUGCUCAAACCAUUCUUACUCAAGCUCCUAAGAGAUGUCUGCAGAAGUCCAGAAGCUGGUCGAAGCUCAAAGCGGCAGCUGUUUCUAUUCCCUGGAGGAAUUGAGAGACAUUUGAAGUUCAAAACCUGCUCCUUUGCACUGGAUGUCAUAGAGGAGUUGUGUUAUGAGAUGGCGUUACAAAGGCUGGAGGCAAUGGAUGAGUACACGGUUUUCAUAGUCACCAACAGAGGUCAGAAUGUGCGGCCUCUCAAUAAGAGAGAGUACAUAUUAGACAUCGCAACAGAGGCAGAACAAAUUGAUCCCAACUACAGCUUCUGGUUCAGACGAGUCAUCUGGGCCCAUCCGCUCAAGUUUGAAAACGAGCUCUGUGUCACCAUGCACUAUAACCAGGUUCUGCCAGACUACCUGAAGGGUCUGUUGAAUGUCGUACCUCAGGGAAAGAUCAGUGAACAGCAGUUUAACCAGUUUGCCAAACUUGCUGCUCUUCAACACAGAGCCAAAGACAGUCUCUACGCGCCUACUAUUCAUGAGUUGACAGAGUACAUCCCAGUUGAGAUCUUUGGAAGACAGGGGCCUCAGCAGUGGAUGCAGCUGGUUGCUCAACAUGUACAUGCCAUCCAAAGCCUGAACCCUCACCAGGCCAGAUCCCAGUUCCUGGGUUUGGUGUGCGCAUUUCCUAUGUUUGGAUCGUCCUUCUUUUACAUCCAAAGCAGCAGCAACAGCACCAUCUCUGCACCAUGCAUCCUCGCUGUCAAUCAGAACGGACUGCACUUCCUGCACAAAGACAGUCAUGAGGUGCAGAUGAAGUUCCAGCUGAAGCUGAUUCAGUCAGCUCUCACACAGCGGCCCAGCGCUGGAUCCAGUUACCCUUAUGUAGACAUCCUAAUAGGGGAUUUAACCAACCACAGAGUCACACAGUUACAGCUGGAACAGGGUCUGGAGCUGUGUCGGGUUAUCGCCAUGCACAUUGAGAAUAUGCUCUCUGUCCGAGAGAAGAGGCUGACGCUGCCACCCAGUGAAAUCACCAUGCUGUAA